CAAUAGUAGAACUAGUAUCUCAAUACCCCAGAACGUGUGAACGAAAAAUAGCGUUUAUUUUAAACUAGAAGACUAGAAGAUUACGUAUUUGAUUAUGCAAAGCGGUGCACAAAUUACAUAAUCCAAAGUCCAAAACUCACACUAUAUAUAUAAGCAGGACCUAGGCUUCUUCUUUGCACUGCAAAUCACUUUUCUACUUUGAGUCUUCUUGAUCCUUCUUUUUCUCCUUGAACUCAAACAUGGCAGAUGAGGUGGUUCUGCUAGAUUUCUGGCCAAGUCCAUUUGGGAUGAGGGUCAGGAUUGCACUUGCUGAAAAGGGUAUCAAAUAUGAGUACAAAGAAGAGGACUUGAGGAACAAGAGUCCUCUUCUCCUCCAAAUGAACCCGGUUCACAAGAAGAUUCCGGUUCUCAUCCACAAUGGCAAACCCAUUUGUGAAUCCCUCAUUGCUGUUCAGUACAUUGAGGAGGUUUGGAAUGACAGAAAUCCCUUGUUGCCUUCUGACCCUUACCAGAGAGCUCAGGCUAGAUUCUGGGCUGAUUAUGUUGAUAAGAAGAUAUAUGAUCUUGGAAGGAAGAUUUGGACAUCAAAAGGAGAAGAAAAAGAAGCUGCCAAGAAGGAGUUCAUAGAAGCCCUUAAAUUGUUGGAGGAACAGCUGGGAGACAAGACUUAUUUUGGAGGAGACAAUCUAGGUUUUGUGGAUAUAGCGCUUGUUCCAUUCUACACUUGGUUCAAAGCCUAUGAGACUUUUGGCACCCUCAACAUAGAGAGUGAGUGCCCCAAGUUUAUUGCUUGGGCCAAGAGGUGCCUUCAGAAAGAAAGCGUUGCCAAGUCUCUUCCUGAUCAGCAAAAGGUUUAUGAGUUCAUUAUGGAUCUAAGAAAGAAGUUAGGCAUUGAGUAGGUUGGAGCUUAAUGGCCAUUGUGAAGUAGUGGUUUUCCAUUGGUCGUUCUUAGCCUUUCAAAUAAGUAAUAUUUGUGUAAUAAAAGGCACUUAGAUGUGCCAAACUUCGUGCUUUCUGUAGGAAUGUGUGGGUUUUGGAAAAUCUCUGAUGUAUCUUUCAUGUGUUUGUUGGUUUUGUAAUUUUUUUUUGGUAUUGUCUUAUACUUGAAUAAUUUGAGACUACUAUAAUCUCAAUUAAUCUUCACAUGAUA